AUGCCCGCCCCGCCCUUCCUCGUGGGCGUGGGGGUCGGGUUCUCGGCCGCGGCGCUCGCCAGAGUCGCGGCCGAGUCGGCGCCCGAUGCCAAGGGAGACAAAAAGGCGAAGGGAUCGAAGGGAGGCGACGCGACGCGGGGCGGACACGGCGCUGGCAAGGGGCCGCUCAUGGUGAAGCCCAAGGCUUUCGUCAGGAGGGAGUACCCGCCGGACCCGUGCACCGAGUGCUGCGGGUCCGGGCGGGUGGACUGCUCGGAGUGCAAAGGACGGGGUCGCACCAACUUCACGGAGCUCGUCAUGCUGCCCAAGGACACCUGGCCGGAGUGGUGCCAGUACUGCAGGGGGAGCGGGCUCAUCUACUGCUCCAGGUGCUCGGGGCUGGGGAAGCACAGAGCCAAGAUUGGCUUCGACCUCGAGGACUGA